AUGGAAAAACUAAAGAUAAGCCCAAUAAAUCGGAAAGGAGGGAGUACAACACUGGCUGUUCAACAUUACGACAAUAAAAAUGGAAUCCAGCCCUCACGUCGCUCCAUCCCCGGGGCGACACGGGCGGCGGCGCAGUCCCCUCCACCGCCCCCCCUCCUCGCUCCCCUCCCCUCGCCGUUGCUGGGGGGCUCCGUCGGGCAAAGCCCGCGCGGACCCGGCGGCGGCGGGACCUCUUCUUCCCGUGACGUCUCUCGCAAGGGGAGCUCGCAGCGGAGGGCGACGGGUGGCAGGUGGCAUGCGGUGCUGGCGUCGGCUGCGGGCAACGGAUGGGACUCCGGCCAGCGGCCUCGGUCCGGGAUCUGGCGUGGCUUGGGCGUGGACGGCGUGCGUGGGGCGCGGCAGCGGCUCGCGCGCGGUGGGCGUGGCGGCUGUGCUGCUCUGGAGCGCGAGCUCUUCGAUCUGGGUGCCGCACUUUCACGCUGCGGCUUUGGUGGCUGUGGUGGUGGUGGUCGCGGUGGUGCUGCGGUGGUGGACGGCGGCUACGGCCAGGGAGGUGGUGAGUGUGUCUGGUCACGGGGGAUCAUGGGAUCCCAUGGCCGGAGUGAGGUCGGCCUCGCAGGUGGUGGUCGAUGGGCGGCGGUCGGUGGCUGUAGGUGGUCAUCUCCUGGAGAAAUCCUUGUCCCUGUCCUCUUCGGAGCCGGCGACGGCGGCGCCCGCGGGUGCCGUGAUCUUUCCUGGAAGCGUCACCAUGGAGGUGUCCGCCUCCUCCGCACGGCUUUGGCUCUGAAGGGAAACCUCAGAUCCGUUGGAUCAGGCGAUGGAGGCAUCUUCGUGUCUUUCUCCUCCUUGGGGGCAUCGUCUCGGAGCCGGCUAUGA